UAUCAGAAUGCGAAGAGGAUCUCGAGUACACCAGUAGUAUCCAGGACAUAAUCGUCUUUGUCAAAUCCAAACCAGCUCACCAGCCACCUUUCCCGCAUCCUCCAACAAGAUCUGCAGCAUGACGGGGACUGGUCUGGUCAAACACCCUGGAGAGCUCUCGCUCCAAAGGCUGCUCGCCACACUCACUGCGAGACUGCACCCUUCGACAUACGUUUUCGCCGUGGUGCGAGAUGAAUCGAAACUGCCGCCUCUCGCCAAACUCCAGAUGCUCUUUCGCGAGGCAGAGUCCGAGGGUGUCACCGUCAUCCUGACUCGUGAAGACGCAGAGGCACACAAUCUGGAGCACGCCUUCCCGUGCAAGAAGAUCACGCUCAAUGUGAAUUCGAGUCUCGAUGCCGUUGGCUUCAUGGCUGUCAUCGCUACUCGCCUGGCGAGUUACGACAUGGGAGUCAACCCCGUCAGCGCUUUCUAUCACGACCACCUAUUCGUCCCGUUGGGAAGGGAGGACGAAGCCAUGCGCAUCUUGGCAGAACUGGCAGAGGAGAAGAGGAGGGAUGCGCAAGAGUCGUCUGCAUGAGCGGCGUCGCCCUGAAGCGGACCCCGAGACUCAGACACCAAUGGCCAUGUUGAAUAAGCGAGGUUGAGCUUC